GCAUCAGCAUUUAGUUCCAGGAGUACUUGAGUGUUGAGGAGCAGCAAUACAUAAAUAUUGAUAUAUAUAUAUAUGAAAUUUAUAUAUUUGAUAUAUAUAUUGCUAUAAGUUUGGUGAUGGACGGUGAGGACUUUGCGGUCAGCUUGCGGAGCAGACUGAGGGCGGCGUCGGCCAUGCAGGAGGAGGAGAAGCUGUACAGGAACAAGGGGGUCCUGUACCCGCUCCUCCUGUGCCCGUGCGAGAACCUCCAAGCUCUGGAGGACGUGACAGCGCGGGAUGAUGACAUCCUGCUGGUGGCCUAUCCCAAAUGUGGGUUUAACUGGAUGGUUGGUGUGUUGAAGAAGAUGAUGAUGGAGGCCACAGGGAGGAAGGUAGAAACCAGAAUGCCGCCGCUUAUGGAGUUUUUUGGACCGGAUGUCUCCCAGGUGAUGGAUCAAAGUCCCUCUCCCAGGCUUCUGGGGACCCACCUGCACCCCGACAACAUCCCUGCCAGCUUCUUCGCCAAGAGAGCAAAGAUGUUGGUGAUCUUCAGGAACCCCAAAGACACGCUGGUGUCUUUCUAUCAUUUCUGCAACAACAACCCCGUCCUGCCUUCUGUGUCGUCCUGGGAAUCUUUCUACGCCGACUUCUUGUCAGGAGACGUUCCCUGGGGGUCCUACUUCGAGCACGCCUUGGCCUGGGAGAAGCGGAUGGACGACCCUGACGUCAUGCUGGUCACCUACGAGCAGCUCAAACAAGACCUCGGCCAGGCCGUCCGUCACAUGUCCUCCUUCCUGGGCUUCACGCUGACCCAGGAUCAGGUGCGCCGCGUGUCCGAGGCCAGCACCUUUGCCGCCAUGAAGGAGAGCUCGCAGCACAGCGGGAUUGGAAACAUCAUCUUCAGGAAAGGUGAGGUGGGGGACUGGAGGAACCACUUCACGGAGGAACAGAGCCGGCAGAUGGACCAGGUCUUCAGCCAACACCUGGCAGGGACCCGGCUGGGACGCCAGCUCAACUACGACCUCCACUGUCUGUAGGACGCCAGGUCGCCAAUUUUUUUUACACUGAAUUUGUGGAACUGAUUUGUUUGCGUUUGAAUUCUGUGAACUGGAUUGUUUUACAUCAAAUCAUGCUGACUAAUUGGCUGAAUUAAAAAAUGUGUGAGCAGAAUUUGUGCUUUGAAAAAUCCAGUGCAGAAAUAGUCUUUGCUUGAAAAAAAAACCCCUCAAGAAUGUCACAUGACUUGAAAGCUGACACCUCAUUGGCUGCUUCCGAGACACGAUCGAUUGCUUCAGUGCGAACUGAUAUUUUUUUACACUGAAUUUUAAAACACUGAUUUUUUUAAACACAUUUUUAUUCAAUAAAAUGGUCAGCAUAAUUUGACGUAAAGAAAUGGAGUCCAUUAAAUUUAAACGCAGUGAGAUAAAUUCAGAUCUUUGGCAUUAAAGACACAAUUGAAGCUCCGUAACUACGAAGAAGACCUUCAAUUCAAGUUCUGUCAGAAGAUCAGUUCAACUCUUCACCAGGUCUGAAGAUAAGUUGGAAUCCUUUCAACAACUUAAGUCUUCUCAUCUGCU